CCCCCCGCGUGCGAUGCCCGCUCUGGCUUCCGCCUCCCGGCUCAUAAAGAGGAGACAAAAAGGUGCCGGCGGCUGCCGAUCCCGGGCACCCGCAGCCACGUGUCGCAGCGCGGCCCGGCCUCGCUCCCCGCCCGCCGCCGCCGAGCCCGGCCUCGUCUCUCCGGCUGCGCCAGCCCGAGCCCGGCCGCCGGUCCGCGCCACGCGGUAGCGCUCCGUGCCGGACCGCCUCUCCCGCCCGCCGCAGCCGGGGUACCCAGCGGGCCGGCCUCCCGCGUCCUCCCUCCGUCAGCCGGGGUCUCCAGCAUCCUUCCGGCGCGCCGCCCCGGGGGGCCCCGGCCGCCUCCGCCCAGCCAGCGCGCAGCGGCGCCCGCCUUCCCGGGCCAUGUCGGGCAGCGGCGGGGUGAAGAAGCGGAGCUCGGCCGCCUCGUCCUGCUCGGCGCAGGAGGAGGAGCGGCAGGCGCUGGAGAAGAUGCUGGAGCCGGCGGGGCCCGGCGGCGGCGGGGCCCAUGAGAACGGCUGCGCCGGGGCGCUGUCUCCGUGCGCCCCGCCGGGCGCGGAGCCGGGCCCCCCGGGCAGCGGGGACGGCGUGGCGCUGAAGCGCUCCAUCACCCUGAUCAACGGCGUGGCCAUCAUCAUCGGCACCAUCAUCGGCUCGGGCAUCUUCGUCACCCCCACCGGGGUGCUGAAGGAGGCCGGCUCCCCGGGGCUCUCGCUGGUGGUGUGGGCCGUCUGCGGGCUCUUCUCCAUCGUGGGCGCCCUGUGCUACGCCGAGCUGGGCACCACCAUCUCCAAGUCCGGGGGAGACUACGCCUACAUGCUGGAGGUGUACGGCUCCCUGCCCGCCUUCCUCAAGCUCUGGAUCGAGCUGCUCAUCAUCCGGCCUUCCUCCCAGUACAUCGUGGCCCUGGUCUUCGCCACCUACCUGAUCAAGCCCCUCUUCCCUAGCUGCCCGGUGCCUGACCAAGGGGCCAAGCUGGUGGCCUGUCUCUGCAUCCUGUUUCUCACAGCGGUGAAUUGUUACAGCGUGAAAGCUGCCACCCGCGUCCAGGAUGCGUUUGCAGCGGCGAAACUGCUGGCUCUCGCUUUGAUCAUCAUCCUUGGUUUUGUGCAGCUUGGGAAGGGUGAUGUGUCAAACCUGAGUCCUGAACACUCCUUCGAAGGCACAAACGUCGAUGUGGGGAACAUUGUUCUGGCUUUGUAUAGUGGUCUCUUUGCCUAUGGAGGCUGGAAUUACUUGAAUUUUGUCACUGAGGAGAUGAUAAACCCCUACAGAAACCUGCCUCUAGCCAUCAUCAUUUCACUGCCCGUAGUCACCUUAGUUUACGUGUUGACGAACUUGGCUUACUUCACUACCCUGUCAACAGAACAAAUGCUGUCGUCUGAAGCCGUGGCCGUGGACUUUGGGAACUAUCACCUUGGCAUGAUGUCUUGGAUCAUACCCAUCUUUGUUGGCUUAUCGUGUUUUGGGUCUGUCAAUGGAUCCCUCUUCACUUCUUCUCGGCUGUUCUUCGUGGGAUCCCGGGAGGGUCACCUGCCCUCUGUCCUGUCCAUGAUUCACCCCAAGCUUCUUACUCCGGUACCAUCUCUCAUCUUCACAUGCCUCAUGACCCUGCUCUACGCCUUCUCCAAUGACAUCUUCUCCGUCAUCAACUUCUUCAGCUUCUUCAACUGGCUCUGUGUGGCUCUGGCCAUCGUCGGCAUGAUAUGGCUCCGCUACAAGAAGCCGGAGCUGGAAAGGCCCAUCAAGGUUAACCUCUUGCUGCCCAUCUUCUUCAUCCUGGCCUGCUUAUUCCUGAUCGUGGUCUCCUUCUGGAUGACACCAGUGGAAUGUGCUAUCGGCUUUGCGAUCAUCCUCAGUGGGAUCCCCGUUUACUUCUUUGGGGUUUGGUGGAAAAACAAACCCAAGUGGAUCCUCCAAAGCAUCUUUUCCGUGACAGUCCUGUGCCAGAAGCUGAUGGAAGUGGUUCCUCAAGAGUCUUAAGGAGGAAAAGCAAAGACGUUCGGCUCGGGGAAACGCACAAUAUUAUUUUAAAACAACGCAAAAGAAAAUCUUUCUGAUCCCUCAUAAAUCUAGAUACCCUGAGCACCUUGGCAGAGCUGCUGCAUCCCUGAGACUCCACUCCCUGGCGUGCCCUGCUUUCCCCUCCCUGGCCCCAUCACCACCACCAAGCCAGGCAGCCGAGCAACACUUCGAAGAAGAGUUCUUGGGGUACGAAUUUAGUCUAGGAAGAGGAGUUUCUGCUGGUGUCCUCAAGAGGCUCCAGCCCUUCUGGUUACCGGGAAACUGAUCAGGCACUCUCUGUCUGUGUGUGUGAUUGAUGGCUGGACUUCCGUUCUGUUUGUGCUUAUUUGUUGUCGUGUUUUAAUUUAAGGUUAGCAUUUAGUUUCUCCAUCACAGCGGCUGCAGCUGAAUCUGCUAAAGGAAACAGAAAUUCCAAGGCAGUCAAUGUUACACAUGUGCCUGUGCAAGGGAUGGGGAUUUCACACUGCCACAGGGCUGCAAAACAGUCCUCCAAGUCAUUGUCUUUCAAAUGCAACAAACCCAGCCAGCUCACCAGGCGAGAUCUUUGGAAGGCUAAACACUCCUGGGCACAAGUAGACAAAACAAAUGGACUGAGAUAGACAUGAUGCUGAUAUUAAACAAGGACUUGCACUGAUUUCAACUGGAUCCCUGGCCCUUUUUUUGCUGCCCCCCCAUGAAUUUUUUUUAUUAUUGUUUUUAGUGAUACUAAAGCUGUAAUCCAUUGGAUAUAUAUAUUUAUAUUUAUAUAUAUAUAUAUAUAUAUGGUUGGGUUUUUUCCCCCACCUCAGGGACUCCAAGUGUUUCUGCUUUUUACCUACUUAAAAUAAAUAUUAGCAAAUUCUUAGAGAUGUUUGCAAAGCAAAGAUUGUUCGAUAAUUGGCGCACACACACACACACACACACACACACACACACACACACAAUUUUAUUCUACUGGAUGCUUUGGAGUCUGCCAGUGAGGUGCCAUGACAGUGAUACGCGAAAGCCCAGGGUGAAGCAGAAUUAAUGUCUCCGAGAGCCUGGCGCAUGUACAUGUAUUUUGAUUUCAUUCUGAUGCUGAAAAGAGCAAUCUGGAUCACGCUCCGUUGCCUGUUCUCUGCUGUUCAGUCUUAGCCCUCUCUUGGUUAUUAGGCCAGCAUGCCAGGCUACUUUUCUAGUUACACUAGUCCUAUGAUUAUCCUUGCGUACCCGGAAUGCAUAUCCUCUACUCCUGUGAAUUAGUACUGGGGUAGAGGUCAGGGUCCAAAGGGCAGCGUUUCAUGGGAAGUUUAAGUUGCCUUCUGAAAAAUGAGCAGAAGGCCAGGUGGUGAGAUGGCUGCAUUCUACAUUAUCCUGAAGACUGUUUCGAGUCAAGCACAUACACAGCUCAGUGCCAUGCCAACAAGUGGCGCACUCCAUCAGCAUUCGGUGUACUUGAUGCUUGCUCUUAAACAAGUCAUACAGAGAAUGUUUGGAAUGGAUUCUCCUAGCUCAAACUCACAGAUUGCAUGUCAGUGUAUUGGCUGCUGUGAUGGCUUUAUUAACGCAGUACUCACUGUGUUUCUUCUAGAAAUGUAUUCAGAGGAAAUGGGACUAAGUAAGUCUGGGGUGGAGGGAAACGUGAGUGUCCCCAAAUGGGGGAUCCUCAGGGGUCACUUUGCUACCCAUCUACCAUCAGUUUGACUGAUGUUCUAUUUCUCUCACGGCUCCUAGAAGCGAUGCUGGAAAAGUGCUCCUUCACGUAAAACUGCAGCACCAGAUUCUGGUUGGCUGGCAUUAGACCUUCUUUCUAGGACGUUCUGCCUUCCAGAGGGUGGCACUGCUUUGGAUGCCGACCAGGAUCUGCAGUUCUACGGACCAUGUGAAUGUGUGUCUGUUUUCUGGGUGACUACAGGGAGCCAACUUUCCCAUUCCAACUUGAAUAUAGACUCUUCUGCUCGCAUACAGAGUGCUGUAACCUGUUAUAUUGCCAUGUAGUCAGGGUCAUUCUCUUAAGGACUGGAUUGGUUCCUUACCUAAAAAAUCUGUCUCUUUAGCAGGACGCAGGGCCCCAAAUUCUGUAACAAAUUGCCCUGAUCUCAUCUGUGUGAAAGGUGAUGUUCUCUUUUAAAAGCAAAAGUAUAUUUUCCUUAAGUGAGCUGUGCUAGUCCCUUCCAGAGUCGCCUUUAUGCUUUUGCCUGGCCAUUCCCUCCUUUAGAAAAGGGUAAUUAAACUUGUGCCCUGCAGUACUGUUUUUUUGUAAAGCAAGAUAUUUUGAAGUAGUAACCCUGUAGAGUUAGGGGCUUAGAACUCUGCCUCUGUCAGGUGUGUGUCUGCUUUGUUUUGCAUUCUUUUGUCAGCAUGGAAGAUUUCUGGAAAGAGAGGCAAUAAGCAUAUUGAAGCCUUUAGUCGAUGCACUGUCCUUUUAUGAAGCGGUGUUGCCAGGAGGCUUGGCAGCUUGUAGCAGUUCCAGACAGCAGCAUCUCCUAAGACCAUCCGGAGAAAAUGACCAAUAGUUGUAGUUAAAUCAACAAGUUUAUAUAAGCAGCACUGUUGCUGCCAUUUAAAAAAAAAAAUUCUCCUUGUUCUUAGUAAGUAUGAUUGGCGGAGUGGAUGGCUCAUUUGUCCUGUAAAAUAUCUCACUGUUAGGUCAGCUAUUCCAAUCCAACCUGGGUCGGUAGUGGCACAUCUGAUAGCUGUUGAGGGGAACUCUGUGCAGUGGGUUGGUAGGUCUCAGACCAUUCCUAGUGGACAGGUGAACAACUCAUGGGCCAGGGAAUCUGAGCUCCUCUCCUCCAGAUCAGGGUUGAGGUGCUUUGGCAGGACAGGGAGGGGAAAUUUGCACUGCCACUGCAUGUGCAGUCAGUACCUCUUCUGCGGACAGAGCACCUCAGGCAAUCCGACACCUUUCACUCGUGCUAGAUUUUCUUUUCUCUUAGGGUUUAGUGUUCUUCGGACCAGCCACAUGGGGUACCAGGCUUGAAUUUCUUGACUUGGGCUCUAGCCCCCUUGGCUGGCAGGGACUUUAAGUGCCAUGUAGCCAACUGCAGAAUUAUUGGGGGUGGGAAGAGAGAGGGUUUUUCAUCCCUCCCCCACCCCAAGCUGAAGUAAAUUAGUAGCUAUGCUGAAGUCACAAAAAGUUCAGAUCUGGCUCCAAACCUCCCCAGAGUUUUGGCAUUGCUUGGUUUGGACCCAUCUCUACACUAGCUUCAAGGGUGAAGAAGAGAUGAAAAUGGAUUUCCUCUUGUUUAACCUUUAAGACCUAUGUGUAAAGAAGGGUUUUCACACCGGGGAGUUCCUUUUUCCUUUUUUUUAACAAGUCUUAAUUAAAACCUCAACCUGCUUGCUUCUCUUGAAGAGCUUUCCUUCCUGACAUCCACUCACAGUGAAGAAGUUUCUCUCAGGUCAGUCUGCGUGCUCCUGCGGUGAAAUCACAACGCUCCGUUAUGACAUCAGCAUUGUUCCUAUGGCAAUAACUAUAUCCUAAAAACAACUGCUGUGUCACCACAGGAUGAGGCAGGAGGAGUAUCUGGUAGGCCAAGGUUGAAAUCUCAUUCUGAGUUUUCCCAGUGUGCAAGUUCAUCUUUCAGGGACCAGACUGAUUGUCUUGGAAGGGAAUCCCAGGUAGUCCUCUUCAUCCAGAGAAUGGUGGCCUCUGGAUGGUAUUUUGGGGGGUUGGGGAGGGAAUGGGUAAAGGGGUAAAACUGAAUGAAUUUUCUUUGGGGAGAAAAAAAGUUGAAAGCAGUUUUGGCAAAGAGAAGAAAUUGCUGUUACAAAUAUAGAUGCUGUCAGCAGAAUCUACAUCCCAAUGCUAAGGUGCAUAACUAUCAUUCAGAAGCUUUGAGGCUGGACUUGUUUAGCCAGGAUAGAGUACAUCCAAUGAAAGACCUCUGCUGCCUUUCUGAUCAAAAGCAGGGUGAAAUGUGCCAGCUGACGGGGCAUGAGGAGCUGAGAGUGGGUCUGGAGAGACUGCAUAUAAAUCAUCUAGACUAGACAUGGUUUUGCCUGUGAUCAGUCAUCCUAUUGUAUGUUCUGGGUGACCCAAAAGAGAGAGGCUAUCUCUCUCCUCGCACACACUCAAACGAAACCACAGUGAAAGUGUCAUUGUUACUUGUAAAAUACUAAUGACUAUUUGAUGUUGCCGUUUAGUAAAUUUCCCCAACCAGUGAAGUAUCUUGUAAAUGAAUUUUAUAGCAUAGUGUUGUGCAGUUGUGACCCCAACAGCUACAGCUUACUGUAGUGUUAAUAGAAUAGAGUGUAUGGGACCAUGGCAACUAGUUUUUAGGAUUAAUUGCAGGGAAAUAAUUGUCACUGAAUGUUCAUGGCAAGCUUCCCUUAUUGUUACCUAGAGGGUAAGGGAGAGAGGUCCUUGAUUCAAUGGGCACAUUCCCCAGUGCGUAAUAGGGCUCUGCCUCUUUCUCCCUCCCCCUAACCCAUAAACAUCCACCCUAAUUGAAAUGAGACUAUGCCCUUACUACCCACAUCCAUCCUGGCAAAAUAAUGCAAAGGAAACCAUGCCAGCUGGGAUUUCAUAGAGAUGGUGUCAGGGGUUUAACUGUGGCUUCAGUGUAAAUUCUGGAGGGCAGGUGAAAUACAGUGGGUGGUGUGUUAUUUAAAAAAAAAAAUGUUAUCCUGGCUAAUUAAACUUCCUGCAGUAUGUGCAGCAUUUCCCCUUCCGAAUAUCGUGUCGUGGUAAACAGGGUUUUAUUUUUAGUGGCACGCACUGUACAUACCUUGUUGCUGUCCAGCAAACUUUAAAGAUCGUCCAAUUUGAUUGAAACCCGUAUUAAAUUGCUCGGUUGUUCUUCCCUGCUUCAAGCAAUGCUGACAGCUGAGAUGGGAGUGUAACUGAAAUUCCUUGGUGUGACUUUCUUGCGGUCAGUUUGUCUCUAGUGCUGGAUUGUGACAUAGACUGGAGAGGUGGAGCAGGCUGUGCUCAUUAGUCAACGCUACAGAUUCAUAAAUAAUUUGGCCAUUGGCAGUGAUUGGAAGGAAGACGGUACCUGAUGAUUUGAAGAUGUUUCUGGAAUGCAUAUUUAGGUUUGUCUGAACAUGACAGGGUCAUUUUCCAUUUAGUGGUGACACUGGGAGGUCUUUUCCCUUUUGUCUGUGAAAGCCCCCUGAAACCUUAAACAGAUGGUACCGUAUUCGGUGGUAGUCAUUCCAAACGCUACCAUUUACAAAACACUAGAGAGCCUCUAUUACGAGGCACUACUGCAUUUUCAUAAAAGGGUUGCGUAACUCCCCUUUCAGUGACAUCAAAGGGAAGGCUAAAAGAACUGUUGAACCACUAAGAAUUUUUUUUAAUUUAAAAAAUAUAUUGAAACAAUGUUCUUAAAGUUUGAGUCCUCUAUUAGAGCUGAAAUGAGGCAGGCCAGAAGUGAGAUGGCUUUAAUUUCCUCCAGGACCUUUGCUGAAGCUCACGCACUGAGCUGUCUGACAUUUUUCACAUCAGCAGGACUCUCUGGAGUCAAUUACAGCCUUGUAUUCACACUGGGAGCCCACAUAGUAUCUGCUUUAUCCAGCUGCAGGAAGUGGCAUCUUCCCGAGGGGACAAUGGAGUUCAAGAUACUGACUUCAGGCCAAACCUCAACACUCCUUCAGGUGAAACUCCCAUGGAAGUUAUAAAGUUCCCUAGGCUGCUGCAUAUUUCAUGGAGGCUGCACCCAGUUGUGGCCGUGGUGAAUUUGGUCUCUUGAUUUUCAUGGGUAUUUUGCCUGCGUGAGAACAGUAGCACGUGGGUUUGUGGGGCCUGAUCAUGAAAGAUGCUUAGCUCCUCUCAGUUUUCACUGACUCCACGGAGAGUCACAGGUGUUCAGCCUCACUUUGGCUCAGGCCAUGGUAGGGGAGUUUCUCACCAUUCUCUACACUGCGGCAUUGGGAGCUGUAGUGUAGAUGGGCACUGGCUGCUGCCAGGGGUCUAAGCAAGAUGUCAAUCAGUCCUGCUUUGAACAGGGUGACGGUGCUCAAGGUAAUGGUGGCAACUGGCAGCCCAUCUAAUAGGGCUCUCAAUGUUUCUAGCACUGGUAGAGCUGAACCGUUGUUUUUAACAGUGAGGAAUAUUUAGAUGAUGUCCCUAGUGUUAGAUGAUGGCCCUUUAGAGACCUGCUGUUCACAGGUCCUGUCCUUAGCUGCUCUUGAUCACUGUUGUUCCUUGCUUUAGAAAGGAUGUCACUCCCUCCAGUUGUAGUGUUUAAUACAAAAAAUAUUUUUUUAAAUAUUGAAUUAAUUGCAAAAGGCCGAGGGAGCCUUUAUACCAAAAUUAUUCCUUUAGUGUGACAUUCACCCCAGUGCAGAAGAUCUGCACAAUGUCCUGCGUGCCAUAUUCAGUCCCAUGUUGAGGGGCCAAGUGAUGCAGAUGGCUUUGGGUUUUCUGCACCGUGAUGAAUUUCACGUAUAGGGAGAACUUUGCCCCUUGUUUGUUCAGAAGGACAGCGUGAAGACUAAGUCCCAUUUAAGCCCUUAAAAUAGGGAGUUUUAAGUGUUGUGUAGGCCUCGCGCUGGCCCUCUGAACAAAAACAGGGUGAAUUUUGCACCUAGUGAAUAAUCUGACUUUUUAGAAAUGUCUUUCUUUUAAAGAUAAUAUAAGUUUUUUGUUGUUGUUUGUUGUUUUAAUUUUCUUAGCAAACAAAAAAUAUAGAUCUAGGUUAGGAUUUUGUUACACCUGGUUGCUUUUUUU